AUGCUCCCGCUCCAAGUAGUCGGGUGCAACAACCAAAACAGACAUACAGCAGAAGUUUCUAAGCCCUCUUCAGCAAGCUUAGCGACAAAACAAUCAGAAAUACCUAUUGCAUCACAAGAAGAAUACGAGUAUUCAGAUCCAGAUUUAGAAGACUACGAUGAAGAAGAUCAAUUCGAAGAAGAUUCGACACUAUUUAUACCAGAUAUCGAUCAGAGGAAGAUUGGUGAUCCCAAAUACGUUCCAAUGAUAGCGGAAAAAAUCAUCAGAAAUUGCCAAGCAAUCGAAAUGCGUAUGACGUUAUCCACAUCACGCUUUUCAGAAAUACAGACAAAUCUUACUGCUCAACAUCAUGAACUUGCAUUAUCUUGGAUAAUGAAAGCAUUUUCAUUAUUCAAGUUAAAAGUCGAUGAAUCACUUUACAAAUCCAUAUACUAUCUCAACAUACUUCUCUGCUCUACACCGAUAGAUUUCUCUGACUUACAGUUAAUGUCCGUCGUAUGUAUUUGGAUUGCAUGCAAAGUAGAAGAUAAUCUUCAUAUUCCAUUGAGCAACUUGGUAAUGGUUUGCUCAAAGCAGCUUACAGAAGAACAAAUAAAGACAACAGAACCCUUUGUUGUAAAUACAUUAAAUUGUGACCUCAAUCCGGUCACACCAUUAUUUUACAUUCAUCGCUUCCUUGAUGCGAUAGAUGCGGAUGAAGACCUUUCAGCAAUUGCUAACUUGUUCAUGGAUUUAUCACUCUUAUCACACGAAUUUUUAGAUUACACACCUACAGUCAUUGCAGUUUCGUCUGUUUGCAUAGCAAAACUUACAAUGAAUGAAUUUUGCCCAACACCGAGACUCCUAAACUACUCCCACAUUACAGAUGUAAAUCAAGUUAGAAAUUGCUGCUCUCUUAUGGUCGAAAAGAUGGCAUUGGCAAGAAAUAACUUGAAAUACACUGUAUGGGAAAGAUUCCAUGGUAAUAUGGAUAUCGUCAAUGAUUUGAUUCUUGAUCCAGAAAUAGUUAAUCAAUUGUAA